AUGGAGGGGCGGGACCUGGCCCUGCUGGUCAAGAUCGCGCAACGGUGCCCCACGUUCGAGGAGGUGGACGCGGCGUGGACCAACCAACAGCUCUCCAACUCGGCCCUCUCCUUCAUCGCCCUCCACCACGGACCUCGCCUCGUCACCCUCAAACUCGCCGGCUGCCACGGGCUCACGAGCGAGGCCUUUCCGGCGGGUACGGGCGGCGGCGGCGCCGGUCAACCGCGGCGACCGCUGUUCCCGUCCCUCAAGCAUCUGGACCUGAGCGGCAGCUCCGUCACCGACGAGACCCUCGUGCACCUCCUCCACCAGUGUCCGUCGUUGCAGUUGCUGGAUCUGCGUGGCUGCGGGCUGAUCGGCGUGGCGGCGAGUGCUCGGACCUUCGCCAACAUCCCGGCCCUCGCCAGCGUGCGCCACCUGGAUCUCGCCGACUGCCGCAAGCUCUCCCACGAGGUGAUGGUGCAAGUGCUGCCCCGCUGCUCGAGCCUCCGGUCGCUGUCGCUGGCGCUGUGUACGAACGUGACCACGGCGGUGCUGGCCCAGGUGGCCGCCCAGUGCACGCCGCUGGAGAGCGUCGACCUGAGCGGCUGCCGCAUCGAGGACGAUUCGCUCUUGGCCCUGGCCAAGUGCUCCCGCCUCAAGUCCAUCAAACUCAACGCCUGCGCCAACAUCACGAACAAGGCCCUGAUGGCGGUGGCCGCGCGGUGGCCGGCGCUGCAGACGUGCUCCCUCGUGGGGUGCGAGAAGCUCACCGACGCGGCCGUCUCCAGCCUGGCCAAGCACUGCCCCUCGCUCGCCCUCCUCGACCUCUCGCGGUGCAAGAACGUGAGCAACGCGUCGGUGAUGCAGGUGGCCGAGCGAUGCCCUGCCCUACAGUCCCUCGGCCUCGACCAGUGCCAGUCCAUCAGCGACGAGGCCAUCCUCUCCCUCUCCAAGCGGUGUGGCAACUUGCAGGCCAUUCUGCUGGGCGGGACGUACAAGAUCACCGACGACGCCCUCGCGCAGGUGAUCGCGCGUGCCGGCGCCAAGCUCCAGGUGGUCAAUCUGGCCGGCUGCGAGAAGCUCACCAGCGCGUCGGUGAUGGCUAUCGCCCACCACUGCCCCAACCUACGCGUCUUCAACAUGUCCGACUGCAAUAACGUGAGCAACGAGGCGUUGAUCCACGUGCUGCGCAGUUGUCCGUCGCUGGUGAAGCUCAACCUGGCCCGGUGCAAGCAGCUCAAGUCGGAGGUGCUCGUGGCCGCCGCCCAGAACUGCCCCGAGCUGCAGCAGCUCGUCCUGUCCUGGUGUCCCCUGAGAAGCUGUCCGGCGCUGCGUGUGCUGGAUCUGUCCGAAUGUAAGCAGAUCACGGACGACGCGCUCCUCAAAAUCGCACACUCGUGCCCCUACCUCGAGCUGCUCAACGUGGCCAAUGCGACCAAGAUCACGGACAUGAGCAUCGUGGGCGUGGCGCAGUGCUGCGUCAACCUGAAGGCGCUCAUCUUGUCAGGAUGCUGGAAGGUCACCGACGCAGCACUGCAGAUCGUGCGUUUGGGCCGCUGCUACAAGGUCACCGAUGCGUCGGUGAUGAAGGUGGCCGCCCAUUGUCCCCUCCUGCAAACCAUCUCCCUCAACGGAUGCCGCCAGAUCUCCGACACGUCGGUCCUGCACCUCGCCCGGUCGUGCAAGCACCUCAAGCAGCUGGGCAUCGACAGCACCAACCAGGUGAGCCGACACGUGCUCAUGGAAAUCAAGAAGACGUUCCCCAACCUGGCCACCAAGACACGGCCCUAA